AUGGCUAUUAAGUUAGUAGUCUUUGUCCUCAAUGUAAUCUUGUUUUUUCCCUCAUCACUGUCUCAAAGGGUAGCUAGCGAAGAAGGAAAUGAGUUUCGAACAUACAUUGUUCAUGUUAAGAAGCCAGAAAGUAGAAUAUGGUUCCAUUCAAUAGAAGGCAAUAAUAACAUCAACAAUCUCCAUAGCUGGUACGAGUCAUUCUUGCCAUCUUCCACCAUUGAUACUGCAAGUUUAAAUAGCCAGACGCGAAUGCUUCAUGCAUAUCGACACGUUGGUUAUGCUUUUGCAGCAAGACUUACCAAAGAUGAAGCACUACACAUGGCCAACAAAGAUGGUGUUCUCAUGAUUCGCGAAGAAAAGAUGCUGCAGCUGCAAACAACUCACACCCCUACCUUCUUGGGACUGCACCCAGACGAAGGCCUUUGGAGAGAGACCAACCUUGGGAAAGGUGUGAUCAUUGGAGUUUUUGACACCGGAAUAUCGCCUUCUCAUCCUUCCUUCAACGACCAAGGAAUGUCGCCGCCACCGGCUAAGUGGAAAGGCAAGUGUCACUUUAGAAAAGGCUGCAACAACAAAAUAAUUGGGGCAAUAACCACCGUCGGGUCCACUUAUAUGUCUGAGGCCGAACCCGUGCCACCUUUCGAUGACAUCGGGCACGGCACCCACACUGCCAGCAUAAUUGCUGGCAGUUUUGUGAAAAAUGCUAAUGUUCUUGGCCAUGCCAACGGAACUUCUGUUGGCAUGGCUCCUCAUGCUCAUUUAGCCAUUUACAAAGCGUGCAGCAUGAUUGGUUGCAGUGAAGGUUCUGUUCUAGCCGCAUUCGAUGCUGCAAUUAACGAUGGCGUUGACAUUAUCUCUGUUUCCUUAGCCGGAGACUCUAAAUUGUUCUCCGAAGAUGCCAUGUCGAUCGGUAGUUUUGGAGCAACACAGAAGGGGAUUCUUGUCACCAUUGCAGCCGGUAAUGAAGGUCCUGAAUCAAGUACGGUUGUGAAUGAUGCUCCAUGGAUAUUUACCGUAGGAGCAAGCACUAUGGAUCGACGAAUAGUAGCAUCAGUCAAGCUUGGAAAUGGUGCAGAGUAUGAUGGUGAGUCUCUUUACGAAUCAAAACUAUUCAAGAAUAAUUACAACCCUCUGGUUCAUCUUAAUGGAGCACCCUGUAACAAAGGUCUAUUAGAGAGUAUGAAAGUGGAAGGAAAGAUCGUGGUGUGUGUUAACGAGAAGAACACAAUGAAGUAUAAGCAAGCAGAAGCCGUGAAAAGUGCUGGUGGUGCUGCAAUGAUUCUCGCCAAUAGUGAUACAUGUGGAUAUACCCUUUCAACUGAAGAAACGUACCCUCUUCCUGUUACACAUGUGAGCCAUGCUUCAGGGUUGCAAAUCAUGCGCUACAUAGACUCAUGCAAGGACCCUAAGGCCACAAUAUUGUUCAAAGGAACUAUCACAGGUAACACAUCUGCACCCGUUGUUGCUUCAUUCUCAUCAAGAGGCCCGAGCAGGCAAUGUCCUGGGCUUUUAAAGCCUGACAUUAUAGGGCCCGGAGUGAAUGUUCUAGCUUCUUCGGCCAAUUGGAGAACUAGCUACAAUGGAAGACCACCAGCUUUCUCAAUCAUGUCAGGCACAUCAAUGGCUUGUCCUCACAUAAGUGGCGUUGCUGCAUUGCUCAAGAGCUCUCACCCUCAUUGGUCACCUGCUGUUGUUAAGUCUGCAAUCAUGACCACGGCAUACACAACAAACCUUCAAGGUGAUCCCAUUCCUGACGAGAAGUUACAUCCUGCGAGCUUGUUCGCAAUUGGAGCCGGCCAUGUCAAGCCUUCCAAGGCCGAAGAUCCUGGACUGGUUUAUGAUAUUAUGCUUGAUGAUUACACUGCUUAUUUAUGUGGAUUGGGUUUUACCAGCACAAUGGCUCAGCUGGUUACGCAUAAGCCUGUGAAUUGCGACCUGAUAAAAAAGAUUGAGGCUACAGAGUUGAACUAUCCUUCCUUCUCGGUUGUGUUGGGAGCUGCUGAUUAUUUCCCUAAGACCUACAACAGAACUGUUAUGAAUGUUGGUCAAGCUGAUUCGCAUUAUAUUGUGGAAGUUGUUCCCCCGGCUGGUGUACAUGUUAGCGUGGAACCGCAGAUUCUUGUGUUCAACGGCGAGCAACAGACGGCGAGGUACUCGGUGACGUUUACUCGGAAAACAGGAGAAACUAUUAGUGCUUCAUCUACGGCGCAAGGUUUUAUAGAGUGGGUUUCUGAUAAGCAUUCUGUGAGAAGUCCCAUUGCUGUUAUUUUCACUUGA